AUGGACAAUAAUGCAAGCCCGACUCCCGACCCCGAUGCUACAACGCGUCGCCGAUCGGGACGCGUCGUGAGAGCACCCUCCAAAUUUACACCCGAACCUGCUUCCCAAUCUACGCACCCGAAGCGCAAGCGAGACGACCAGGACGAUGAAGACGAAGAAGGCCAAGAAGAGGUAGCCGAAAAUGAAGCGCCUGACUCCGAUGAGGAGAUGAGCGACGAGCCUGAUAACGAUAGCGACGAAGAUCAUCCUGCACCGCGCUCUAGAAAGAAGGCGUCGCAAACAAGUCGCGCAAAGAAGCCCUCUGCCAAAAAGCCAAAGAUUAAUGGUUCCAAGCCUUUGCGACCAGCGCGAGUCACCCAUGCCGCCAAAAGUCUUCCGAGCAGACCUAAAAAGAGUGUUCGUAUUGAAGACGCGGCAUUGAAAGGAACCGGUCUCUAUUCUGAUCUUUUUGGUUCGGGCGACUCCAGCAGAUCGGUGGCCGAAGAGUGGUUGAACAAAUAUAAUGGUGAUGGAGUAGUAGCUUUUACUGAUCUAGUGAACUGUAUUUUGCAGUGUGCUGGCUGCGACCAGCUUAUCACAGAAGAUGAUGUUCGAGAUGCAGAGAACAUCGCUGGCAGAUUGGCAGAUCUCCAGAGUGUGUACCAAGAGCAAGAGAUUACCGAUUAUCCUCUCAUCUCCAGAACGAAACAGUCGCGAUCCUUCCGAGACGUACUCAUCAGCUUCUUCGAAAACCUCAUUGUCGAUAUGCACCAAAAUGAGCUCAUGUAUAGAGACGAGUUCUUGAUUGAAAACCUCCACGCGUGGCUUGCGAUUCAAUCUGCCCUCGUCAAGGUUGCUGAUGACCUUGACUAUAGACUUGGUUACACAGGAAAAGCUCGAAACUCGAAGGCUAAAUUGAACGCUGGGCAGCAGCGUGACAUGGAAAAGAACACCAGCAAUCGCAAGGUGUGCACCGAGGCAAUUCAAUCAUUCUUCGACACUGUCUUUGUCCACCGCUACCGAGAUGUUGAUCCUAGGAUCAGAACCGAAUGCGUGGAAGCUCUCGGCAAUUGGAUCAUUGCCCUGCCAUCUAUCUUCCUUGAGCCCGGCUAUCUGCGCUACUUGGGCUGGAUGUUGUCAGAUACCCAUGCUCCCACUCGCCUCGAGGUGCUAAAGCAUCUUGCCAAAGUCUUCAGAAAAGACGCAGAUAAAUUGGGACAUUUCAUCGACAGAUUUCGCCCCCGUCUAGUGGAGAUGGCUUGCAAAGAUGCCGACGUAUCUGUGCGCGUAGCAGCAAUCGGCGUUAUUGACGUCCUUCGUGACCAGGAUAUGCUCGAAGGUGAAGAAGUUGAUGCCAUUGGAAAACUCAUUUUCGACAACGAGCUCAGAAUCCGAAAGGCAGUUGUUGGGUUCUUUGUAGCCUGCACCAAAGACGCUAUUGGCGAAAAGGUGAAGUGUCUAGGAGAUUCAGACGUCAUGGAGGAGAUCCCUAGCGGAAAGAAGGCUUCUCUUGACGCGCCUCGUGCUGAGUGGGUUGACUUGAAAUGCCUGGCUGAGACGCUUGCUAUCUACGACAAUCAAAUCGAGGAAGAGCAAAGUAACCAGGUCUUAGGGCUGGAUGCAGCUGUGGACCUUUUGGAAGCUGCUAUCCCAGAGACGAGGAUUUCCUUGGCAUCACAAGUUCUUUAUGAGAAAGUUGAUGAAAUCAAGCAAUGGACACUUCUCGCUGGAUACCUGCUAUUUGAUCACACAACAAGUUCAAAAGCAAGAUCGAAGGGCAACAAUCCGGAGCUUGCAUUUAAGAAGGCCGUUGCUCCCUCCUCCGCCGAAGAGGCCAUACUGUUGGAUGUAUUGAGCUCGGCAGUCAAGUCUAGCCUAACCCAUCCGAGUGAACAUGACAGAUCACGAAAGAAGCAUCAAACGUCCAAAGAUAGUGAAGACGUGAGCAUCAGCCCCGAAGAGACUGCGACUGAGCUAGUCAGUGUCAUUCCUCAGCUUUUGAGCAAAUUCGGCGCAGAACCAGAUACGGCAGCAAUCGUUCUUCGAUUGGCACACUUUCCCGACAUUGAAGUUUUCAAGCAAUUACGACAAAAUACAAACAAGUACGAAAAGUUACUUGACGAGAUCGUUACGCAGUUUAACAGACACGACGAUAAGAGAGUUUUGUCGGAAGCGGCUGCAGCACUGUUACAUUCACGUCAAUACGACGAAUUGGAAGAAGUCGCAGACAGUAAGAUCUCCAACCUAUGGGAGACUGCGAUUACUGCUUUGCACAAUUUCGACAAGACUUACGAGCUUUCUUCAAGAGGCAACUUGGAGGAAUCCCCCCUCAGGGAACUAUCAACAGUCCUGCUGAAGAUUAGCAAAUUGGCGAGUCUUUCGAGUUGCGUGGACAUCCUUGAGGCCGAAGGAGAUUCUAGCGAGUCAACAAUGACGCCUGUGAUUCAGAUACUAGCCAACAUUGUACAUCGCGGCAAGUAUGAACCCCUUGACGAUCAGGAUAUUGAUGACCUGGAGGACGAGGUGGUCUCAUAUGCUAUCAAGACCUGUCAGUUCUACUUUAUGUGGAAAACAUUGGCAUACAACACACUCCUUUCUUCAGGCCAUAAUGUUGCGGACGCUGACCUCGACCGCCUAUCUGUGUUGCGCCAAACCUUCCGCAGGCAUCUCAUCGAAACCCUCUCCUCACGCGCUGCCAUCGAUCAGCUACGAUUGUUCGCUACUGGUAGCUUGUGCGAUCUUCAUCUCACAUUUGCAACCCUACGGUCUGCUAUCGAUAAACUUCGUCCCGCUUCAAGUUCUGGGUCGCCUUCCGUAGAAGCCGAUAAAUACAAGACGUUGAUUCAGGAAAUUGAGUCGGGGCUCAUUCCUGAGUUGAUUUCAAUCUUUGACGGCACAGAGAAGCAAUAUGCCAAGAAGAUCAAGAAAGACAAGUUGCUGAAUGAACCAGCUGAAGAUGAAGACCCCCUAGCCGAUGACGAAGAGGAGGAGGAAGAGGACGAGGAUGAAAGCCUGUCCGAAGAAGAGCGUCUCGCUGCUGAACUCAAGGCCGAGAAGGCACUCUGUGAUCUUACUGGCAAAUACGUUCUCGUCAUUACAGCACGACUUGUGGACAACAAGGGCACUCACGCAGGCAAGUUGAGGCGACGUUUACUCCGUAACCAAAACAAACUCGGCCACAACUUCAAGGAAGUCGUCACCUAUCUCGACGAAGAGAAGCUUGCUGAGCGAACAAGGAAGAAGGUUGCCAACACGCACUCUACAACAUCCAAGUCCCAAAAACCUCAGCUCAGCGAAGCCCUGGUGAUUGAGGAUGACGAUAUCUUUGACAACACACCACCGCCUGAGGAGGGUUCACGUGAGGAUCUUCGCCAGAAGGGCCUCCUGGAGGAUGACCCCAUCGAGGACGACGACGAAAAUGAAGAUGAAGAAGCGGAACGACAAGCUCAUGAAUCAGACGACGAAGUUAUAGGGGACUAA